AUGGACCGAAUCAACCCGGUCGAAUCGAUGCGUUUGGCAAUACAAAAAGCAUUGCCAAAUAUUACUGUCGAGUCUGUUAGGCCAUUACCGUCCUGUCGACUCCUAAGAUUUUUCAACGUUAAGAUCUCGGAUGGCAGAGAAUUGGUUCUCAGCCUGCCACCACCUCCUACACUGAGGUUACUCCGAUCUGAAAGGGGCUUGAAUCUUUCAGAGACCUUUGUAACAAAGUGGGUUCUUGAAAUAGUCCUUGAGCCUCCCAUCAAGGUUGAGAAUAUAUCUCGGAGAAAUAUCAGCUCCGAUCAACAUGCUCAAGGCGCACCAUCUAAGAAGGAACUGGAGAGUAGUUUUGAGAAAGAAAUGAACUUGAGACGAGAUGUGCUCAAGUCUCUUCCCAUCCUCGUCACCAAUGUCCCUUCGUCAACGGAAUUGGGUUCUCCAUUCAACAUCUUCGAGCCGGCAAGAGGGGUCACUAUCCGUGAACUCCCUACACCCUUAAAGCCAUCCGAGAGAAGUAUGAUAGACUUUCAAAAAGGCCAACUUGUACGACAACUUUCGAGUUUUGUGUCACCAAAUGAGCUCUUCGGACCGGCUACGGCGGUGAUCAGCCCACAGCCACCGUCCACCGACUUACACGCGGCACAACUAGCUAAUCUCGGCCUUCGUAACUCGAGAACGUGGAAACAAACUUUCCAUUCUCUCCUGGAGGGUGUACUACGAGAUGCGGAGGAUAUGGCCGUCACAAUUAGCUACGAGCCAAUUAGAAGUUACUUUAAUAGACUAGGCCAUCUCCUGGACGGUGUUACCACCGCCCGGCUGGUAAUACUGGACGCUGCCGAUGACUUAAACAUAUUAGUAUCACGGACUUCAAAGCCGGAUAUAAAUAAGGACGAAAACAACAAACAGUUAAUACCUACCCAAGAUACAAAACAAACCAAAACAGAAGAUAUAUCCGAGAAAACAAUACCAGAACAAACCCUAGGAGAUAAGAGUAUAGAACCACCCAGCGCAAACCACCACCCCAUCGCCGUCACCGGCAUCCGCGACUGGAGCAACAGCAUCUUCGGGGACCCUCUCUUCAGCGAAAUCUUCAGCCAAGACCCCACCGCCGACUUCCUCCACGGCUUCUACCACCACAGCCACCCCAACCUCAUCGAAGACCCAGCCAGCGCGUCCGCGCGCCUCCUCCUCUACGAGUGCUACCACGCCACCGUCAACGUCGUGCAGCAGUUCUACCGGCCUGGCCCUAGCAGCAGCGACCGCGAGAUCGCGGCGCGUCGACGGCUGGCUGCGGCGCUGAAGCAGCUGGAUGAUGUCGUCGACGAUGAGAUGGUAGGGAAACGGGCCCGUAGGCCUAGUGCGAAUGUGGAGGCUUCCUUUUGGACCGUUUUACUUCCUGUCUAUCUGCUUUGCCGUGAAUAG